AUGCUCAUUUUACCUACGAUUCUCCUAUUCGAAAAUCAUUCUUUGGCGCCACGCCCGGAUCAAAAGACCGGUCAGCGUGACAGGGCCAGUCUGUUGUCCUGGCCGAGUCGGCGCAGUGUCGCUGCUGCCUGUCGCAUUUGGAACAACCCCCGAAACCUACAAUUCCGUAAACCCGGCCCAGCUUCUGCUUCGUGGAAUGCUUUGAUUCGAUUCCUCUUCCGCCGCGGGUCAAGGGUCGCGGUUGGUUUCCUCGUCGACAAAUUGGUCUUCCAGCGCAUCCAGAGACAACUUUUAGCCGCCAGUAGUCUACUCGAUUUCACGCCAGACCAACAGCAAAUCAUCAGGCCAAUCUUCAGUCAUUUGUUUUCUGAUGGUAUCGAAAGCCCAUACGGCUCCAUCUCUUCACAUCGCCUCGCACUUCGCGCCUUCACGUCGGUGUCGUGGAUAUGGACCAACUUCCUCGUUCUGGAGUCUUAUCACUUUCUCUUGGCAAUCAUCUUCGUGAUGAUACUUCGUCUGGACGAUCCAGAAGACUGGCCUCCUCUUUUUGGCAGUAUUGCUGAUGCAUGGACUCUCCAGCGCUUCUGGGGUCGCUUUUGGCACCGCGUUGCAACACCAACGCUCAAAACUUGGACGAGAUUUCUCUUGCGAGGAGUAGAGACAAGGGCUUUGGAAAAGGUGCUACAAGCAUUUGGUGUAUUUUUUCUCUCUGGGUUGAUGCACGCAACAGCAUCGUGGAGAACCGGUCAACACUUCGAACAUUUAGACGUGUGGUUUUUUUCCGUGAAUUUCGUCGCAAUUGGAGCUGAAAUCACUGUCAUCAAAUCUCUCUCCUGGGGUCUCAGGGGCACAAAAGCCGCGCUCCUGGUUGAGAAGAGCUGGCCAAUUCGCAUCAUGUGUAAAGCUUUCGGGUUUAUGUGGGUUUUCGCGUGGUUCUUUUGGGCAGUACCAAGAUGGGUUUAUCCAAAGACUAUGCGAUGGGCAAUCAAGCAAGCUUUGAUUCAAUCGUAUGCCUCUUAG